CAGCGCCGCCUCGGGGGAGGGGCAGCUUCUGGCACCUUCUGGCCGCCGGCGCGGGCGGGCCGGGUGCCGCGGGCCGGGUGCGGGGGGCCGGAGGCAGCGCCAUGGCCAAGUGGGGGCAGGGGGACCCGCGCUGGAUCGUGGAGGAGCGCGCGGACGCCACCAACGUCAACAACUGGCACUGGACGGAGCGGGACGCGACCGGCUGGUCCAAGAGCAAGCUGAAGGAGGUGCUGGAGGGGCUGGCGGUGGAGGGCGAGGCCGGGCGCUGCGAGAUCAGCGAGCUGAAGCAGGCCGAGGGCGAGGCGUCCUGCAGCAGCCGGAAGGGGAAGCUCAUCUUCUUCUACGAGUGGAACCUGCGGCUCGCCUGGAGAGGUACAGUGAAAGAGUCUGGUGAGAAACAUAAGGGAUCUGUUGAAAUUCCUAACCUGUCAGAAGAAAAUGAGGUAGAUGAUACAGAGAUAAAUGUUAGCAAAAAGAAAGGGGAAGGCGAUGUUCUGAAGGACCUUAUGAGAACUGAAGGAACCACAAAAGUCAGAGAGGCCCUCAGAGAUUACCUGAAAGCACUUAAAACAGAGUUUACCUUGGGAAUGAUUCUGCCAACAAAAGCUACUGGUCAGGAUGUGGCUGCUGAUAGAAAACUAAGUGGGAACGCUGUGCAGGCUUCUGUUUCGCCACAUUCUUCAGAUAUAGUUGGUGUAAAAAUUCCAACCGUGAGGAUACUUAUGAGAGAAAUAUUCAACUCCCCAGCAGAUGAGCUUUAUAGCAUCUUCACAACUAAGGAAUUGGUACAGAAGUUUUCCAAGUGUCCUGCUGUGAUUGAAGCUGAGAAAGGAGGGAAACUCCAGAUGUUUGAUGGCUGUGUCAGUGGUGAAUACGCAGAAUUGGUCCCAAGCCAAAGAAUUGUCUUGAAGUGGAGAUGCAGAAACUGGCCUGAUGAACAUUAUGCAACGGUUACCUUGAAUUUCAAGGAUAUGGCUGCUGAAACAGAACUGCAGUUAGAGUGCAAAGGUGUUCCUGUCUCUAACGAAGAUAGUACAAGACAAUGUUGGAAGAAGCAGUAUUUUGAAGAAAUACGUAUUUUACUGCAGCAAUCCAAAGACAAUAUGGAAUGAUAACAGCACUGUAGUUUUGCUAGGGCAUUACUUUUUAUACAUUGUUAACAUUUUUUUAAAAUAAUUUAUUUGUGGGAAGAAUAAAGACCCACUUCUAUAAUACUGUAUAUAAUUUAAGCAUUAUUUAUGGAUUUUUAGUGAAUGAAGUGGCCCCUAAGUCAGACUAUGUAUAUAAAACAGAUUUACUUGGGGAAAUUGAUCUCAUUUGCACUUACCUACAACUUAACUUGAGAGAUCAAUUAUGAUUCAACUGCAGUAAAAUACUACCAUUGGAGGUAGGUAAGCUACAUGAACCAGUAGUAAGCAUUUGCAGCUCUUUAACAUUCAGUGUUUUAAGUGGCAAAUUGUCUCUCUAGGAAAUGGGAUACUCAUCAGAGGUGAACUGAAUGGGAUUAUAAAACAGAUGAUAAAUUAGAUCUUUCAAGAAAUGUGGAGAAUAUAGUUUGCAGCCUCUUUAAAUACCUUUUUGAGAUUGGUUUAACUGCAGACAGAAUUUGUUCCUAACUCUGUAGACAGUUUUAGGGAAAGAUAAGUAAAAAUGCCAUGUUAUUCUGGUUGGUACGAUGCUUACCACUGUUAAGUCUGCAUGCACUGUACUGCCUUACUUGACCUCAGUGUGAAAUUUAAUUUGGAAGAGACAAACUAUUAAUUUUUUCCUCUUGAAAUUCUGUAAAUCUUCUAAUUUAUGGCCGUUUGCAGUUCUGGAGCAAAGAACUGUUUGUUAGAUAAAUUUGACAGGUGAAUAGUUGGGAAAUUGAAAGUAAGGAACUGUUACUCUUAAUUAUAGCCACACUGAGGUUAGCAAGAAUAACUUAAUUCUCAAAUGAGUUAAGUAUGCAAUCUGAAACAAAUUUACCAAGAAAGGGCAAGCUGCCUUUGGAAAACAUGGUUGAUUCAAUAAAAUGCAUCAUUUUACAUGCA